CCACCAUGUCACUUUAGUACAAAUGAGCUUCCUCUGACCAUGCGUAAAAUCUUUUGAUCAUGCGCAGAAAGGAACUAUGAACUGGCUUGUACAGCUGGGAGCCGAGCGAACAGUUAUCGUCACGCCCAUCCUCGGUAUAAAACACAUCUCACACAUCAACGGUACUGACUUGACCAGAUAGACCGAUAUAAUUAUACUGAAUCUAUAUUCACAAAGAAGGCAGAAAAUCACCAUGGCAAGUCGAUCAACAUAUGGAAUGACUGCUGAGUUGACGAAUAAGGCUGCUAAGUUUGAUACAGAAAUGGCGACCAAGGCGCUUGUUUGGAUUGCUGCUGUACUUGAAACGGGACCGCCCGAAUCACAACAAUUGGCGAGCUCAGUUGGACCUGUAAGCCCUGAAAUUAGUGAAAAGGAUGUCCACGAGCUUCUCAAAGAUGGCGUCGUCCUUUGUCAUUUAAUCAACGUUAUCAAGCCGGGGUCAGUGAAGCAAAUCAACUCUUCUAAGAUGGCUUUUAAACAGGUAAGUACGUUAUUGUUGUCAUUUUGUUACUUGAGUAUUCGAGUUAUCCCAAGUGUCUAAUCGGGAUCUGCCGAUUAUUCGAUUUUUGUAAAUUUUGCUAAUCGAUUACCUAUCGGCGGCAAGCCAUCUGAACCAUUCGAUCAAUCGAUGUUUACACCCAGGCCUAUUAUUUACGAU